AAGGGGAAAAUGUUUAUUUAAAAGUGACGGGCUUGUGAAUGACUGGAAGCAUGGGUCAAGUGUUAAGAGCACCUGCCUUACAGCGCCAGGCCCCCAGUUCGAAGCUCAGCUCUGCAUCGCGAAAGCAGAGCGUGAGCCUCCUGACUUAGAUUUCAGAAAAGAAUGCCUUGCCACAAGGAAAUUCCUCCUGCCUACUCUUCUAUAGUACUUUAAGACUUAGCCCUGCAGAUUUCACUUUUUUUUUCCCCUGGUCCAAAUCUGCAUAGAUUUGUACUGAUAGUGUGCAUGUGUGUCAGUAUUGGGCUUGACCUCGGCCCGGAGCUGUCACUCAGCAUUUUCAUUCAGAGCUAGUACUCUACUCACUUGAGCUACAUCUCCAGCAGUUUGCUGGCUAAUUGGAGGUUUAAACUACCAUUAAGAGUCGUGCUUACUGUUCAGAGUUUCCUGUGACUAAGCUGACGUCUUCCCGAGUUGGACCUUCUUUUUGGAGGAAUCGUGUGUUGGAAGACAUGGAUCUUGCUGCUAAUGAAAUCAGCAUUUAUGACAAACUUUCAGAGACUGUUGAUUUGGUGAGACAGACAGGCCAUCAAUGUGGUAUGUCUGAGAAAGCCAUUGAAAAAUUUAUCAGACAGCUACUGGAAAAGAAUGAGCCUCAGCGGGGACCACCCCAGUAUCCUCUUCUGAUCGCUGUGUAUAAGGUCCUUGUAACUCUGGGCUUCGUUUUGCUCUCUGCCUAUCUUGUGAUUCAGCCAUUCAGCCCGUUAGCGCCUGAACCUGGGCUUUCGGGAGCUCACACCUGGCGCUCGCUCAUCCAUCACAUUCGGCUGAUGUCAUUGCCCAUUACCAAGAAGUAUAUGCCAGAAAAUAAAGGGGCUCCUCCACAAGUCACCAAUCAAGACAGACCCUUUCCAGAUUUUGACUUCUCUCAGCUUUGGUCCAACAACUGUGAACAGAACCGGUCGGAGACCAUCCCUGCCAACUGUACCAGCUGUGCUCAGAAGCUGCCGCUCAAGGUGGUGCUUGUGGAGGACGCCCCGAAGAACUUGGACAGCCUCCAUCCUCUGGUGAUCAAGACGGGCCAGCCUCUGACAUCCGAGGACAUGCAGCACUUCCUGUGCCAGUACCCCGAGGUGACAGAAGGCUUCACAGAAGGGGUUUUCACCAAGUGGUGGCGCUGCUUCCCUGAGCGGUGGUUCCCAUUCCCUUACCCGUGGAGAAGACCUCUGAACAGAUCACAAAUUUUACAGGAACUCUUUCCUGUUUUUAACCACCUGCCGUUUCCAAAAGAUGCAUCCUUAAAAAAGUGCUUCCAUCUCCACCCAGAACCUGUUGUGGGAAGUAAGAUGCAUAAGAUGCAUGACCUAUUUACCCUUGGCAGUGGCGAGGCCAUGUUGCAGCUCAUCCCUCCCUUCCAGUGCCGAACGCACUGUCAGACGGUGGCCAUGCCCAUAGAGUCCGGAGACAUCGGCUACGCCAGCCCCCCCCACUGGAAGGCCUACAUUGUAGCCAGAGGGACCCAGCCUUUGGUCGUCUGUGAUGGAACCACUCUCUCAGAACCAUAGGAAACAGAACUACGUAAGGAACAGCUUGGCGAGCUGACCACCAAGUUGAAAGGGAAGAAAUAAAAAGGAUGAACCACGUUGAGGGGCUGGUUCCUUAGUCACCCGCCCUUGGCAUGCAUGUGCCAGCCAGCCGCUCCUCCCCCAGAAGGCUCCGGAAGGAUGGCGGCCCGGCUGCUUCACCGGGACUUGGGCAGCACCCGUCUGGGAGAGACAGGGCCCAUCCAGCCUCUGGGCACCGCGGCUGGAAAUCCACCGGGUGCCCUCCUCCACCCGAGAGGCCGUGGGCCCCUCCGCCGGCUCCCUGGCCAUGCAGGUGGCAGCCAGCGGGUCCUGCGUGGCAGCCACCCGCCCCGUAGCGGAUGGACCUGCUCCCUGCGGCUCACCCUCCACCCCAUUGGAAACGCACGGCCAGCAACAAAAGGAGUCGCAGCACUUUGUCCAGCAGAGCCGAAUGGAUAAAAGACCAAAUCAGUUGCAUUGCAGUUAAAUGUGUGAGGCCCUGGGUCCCACCCAGCACGGCAGAGUGCAAAACAAAAGUUCUAAAAACCCUCUUUCCUCAUGCCCAUAGCUCUGGGAGUCGGCAGUGCCAGGCUGGAGUGUGAUUAUAACUUUAAUAUAAUUGUUAAGCUGA